UCAGUAUUGUGGUUCUAUUUGUAAUGCAUGUGGCUGGUGAUUGAGUCCGGGGAUUGUUCCAUCCUUCCAAAGGGCGAGUCUGCAAAAGAGGGAAACUAGCUUGCAAAUAUGGAUACUGCAGGGAAAAUUAUAAAAUGUAAGGCUGCAGUUGCCUGGGAAAUAGGCAAGCCACUUUCUAUUGAAGAGAUAGAAGUUGCUCCACCAAAGUCUCAUGAAGUUCGCAUCAAGAUAAUAGCCACUGGGAUAUGUGGAACCGAUGACCACGUUCUGUCAGGUUCCUUCCCUAAAGUCAAUUAUCCUGUUAUCCCAGGACAUGAAGGAGCUGGAAUUGUAGAGAGUGUGGGUGAAGGAGUGACUUGCCUGAAACCAGGAGACAAAGUCAUCCCACUUUGUUUGCCUCAGUGCGGAGAAUGUAGCUCAUGUCUAAAAUCUAAUACCAACUGUUGCCUGCAAACCCACCUCUGUGAACCUCAGAAUCUGAUGCCAGACAAAACUAGCCGGUUUACCUGCAAAGGGAAGCUAAUCCACCACUUCCUUUGGAUCAGCACUUUCUCUGAAUACACUGUCAUGCCUGACUCCACUGUAGUUAAAAUUGAUGCUGCUGCUCCAUUGGAUAAAGUCUGCCUCUUUGGCUGUGGGUUUUCCACUGGUUAUGGCGCUGCCCUCAAUACAGCUCAGGUCAUGCCUGGCUCCACUUGUGCCAUCUUUGGUUUGGGAGGAGUGGGUCUUUCUGUGGUCAUGGGGUGCAAAACAGCUGGAGCUUCUCGGAUUAUUGGGAUUGACAUCAACAAAGACAAAUUUCUGAAGGCAAAAGAAUUGGGAGCCACAGAGUGCCUUAACCCUCAAGAUUACAAGAAGCCCAUUCAGGACGUACUGGUUGAAAUGACUGGUCAUGGUGUCGACUAUGCAUUUGAGGUCGUUGGAUGUUUGGAUACAUUGACGGCUGCGCUAGCAUCUUGUCACCUUGGUUGUGGCAUCUGUGUGAUGGUUGGGGUGCCUCCUUUGGGGUCUCGACUCUCCUUCGAUCCUAUGCUGCUUUUUACAGGGCGUACCUUGAAAGGGAGCUUCAUUGGAGGGUGGAAGAUGAAAGAUUCUAUCCCUCAACUGGUAUCCAGUUACAUGGAGAAGAAAUUUAACUCAGAUGCUUUGAUAAGCCACACUUUGCCAUUCAGCCAAAUCAGUGAAGGGUUCAAUUUGCUUCAUUCUGGAAAGAGAGCAUUGUCUGACAUCAAAGGGAGAGAAAAAGAGACUGGCAUCAUUCUUGGAUUAAGUCCAAGGCCCAUCUAGUCCAACUUUCAUUUCUCACAGUAGCCAAGAAGAGGACAGUAGGAAGCCCACAGUGAGGACAUGAGCACAACAACACCUUUGUACUCAUGUUUCCAAGUAACUGGUCUUCGUAAGAAUCUUGUAUCUAACUCUGAAGCUAAUAUAGAGUUAGUGUAUUUUGUAGCCAACUUGUAAUGCUACAAGUUGAGCCAAUGCUCCAUGGCCCUCAAUGGGUAGCGACCCCAAAUUGCUUCUGCUACUGUACACAAACAAACACACACAGAGAUACACUUCAACAACUGUGAUGUUAUUGAGAGAGAGAAAACCUUGUAGACUUCUCUCCUUAUGAUUGACCCAAAGGUUUGUUGUAUUUACAUAGUGGCUGAGAUUUUACAUGUAUGUGUAUAUCCACAGGCAUAGCUCUGUGUUCUUCUACUGAUAUCAACUGCAAAGCUCCUGUGAC